ACUGAGACCCUCUCCCGGCUUCCAGUGACCCCUCCAGGUGCCCCAGGACCCCCAGCUCUGUGGCUGAACUCCUGGCGGGAGGCGGGGCGGGGGCCCGAGACAGGUGCUGCGCUCAGCUCCUCUGGGUUCGAAUCCCAUGUGUGCCCCCCCCCCCCCCCCCCCGGCCCCGGGGCCGGGUCCCUGGCUGUAAGCCUCAGGUUGGCCACCUGUGAAAAGGGCACAGUGGCAGCCCCCUCCCCCCGCUCCUUGGGUCAUUACGAAGAUUAAACGGCCGUGCUUGGUUAGCACUUGGGGGUGCUGUCUGUUCAGAACGUCAACACCGCUGUCAGUGACCACGACGCAUCCCGUAUGGGCCGUUCUGACUUGACUCUCACAAAAUCCCAUGACGUGGGUGAGCUCCACCCUGCCUCCGUCAGAGAAAGCAGGCGCGGGGGUCACAGGUGAAUUAGUUCCCCGGGGCUGCCGCGACACAGCCCCACACGCGGCAGCCGGCGAGGAGACCUGACUCUCUCGCGGUCCAGGGCCCCGAAGUCCAAACUCAAGGUGUCUCCAGGGUCCAGCUCCCUCCAGGGGCUCCAGGGGAGGGAACUUCCCACCUCUUCCUGGGACUCCAGGCGCUCCUGGGCGGUGGGCCGCAUCCUCCGUCUGUCCUCUGUGGUCACAUGGCCCCCACCCCGUGUCUGUCUGUCUGUGUCCCUCCUCUUCUUAUAAGACGCCUUCUGAGGUUCCCUGGUGGGUACGAAUCUGGGGGACACUGGUCGCCCCAGUCCCGGGGUGACCAGACAGCUGUGAAGAGAUGCUUCUUGGAGCUUGGACAAGGUCUGCGUGGGCCCACAAGGUAUUUGUUCAGUACGAGCCCAGUGAAUGCUCCGACCAGACCUCCCUGAACGUGUUCCGGGCUGGAAGGGUACGAUCUCGCCCUCUGCUAAACCCACACUUGUUAAGUGCCAGCUGCCACCCUGGAGUACCAUCUGUUCACUGCGUCGACGUCCCCGUGAGGCGCGAGUUUGCGUUCUCACCCUCCAGGUGGGCUGAGGGGGGCACGCAGGCUUUCCCGGCCCAUCGACCCCACGUGUCUGUGCUCUGGGGCCAUACUCCCCCCUCCUGGGCUGGGCGCUGGCCAGGGCCUGGGGGCUGCUGCGGACCCAGCAGGUGCCCCCUGGGUUUGUCCCAGAUACACCGAACAGAGAGGGAAAGGCCGGAAGGGAGAGUCUGCCGUUGAUGGUGACCAGCGAGCAGCCCCCCAAGACCGCAGGUCAGCAGCCCCGGCAGUGUGGGAGCCGCGUCUACGGCAGGAGCCACGGCCUGUGAGGCCAGGCAAGGCCAUUAUAGGAACCAGCGGGGAGGGAACUCUGGGCAGAGAUUGGGCUCACUUCCUCAUCUCCGGCCGCGACUAGGAACCCCGGGCUGAGGCCUGUCACUGGGGGCCCCGCCUGCUCGGGCACAUCCAUCACUGAGCAGGGGGGAGGGUCCGUGAGCCCAGGAAGCCUCCCCUUUCCUCAGGAAGCUGUCCCUGAGGCUGCCGGGAGCCCGGACGAUGGCCCGGACGCACACACGGACGGGCGAGUCCUGACCCGCGGGCAGAGGCGGGCAGAACGAAAGGCUGACAUCCGGCUGCCGGGGCCCCUCCUGUACCCAAGCGGCCAGCGGGCAUGCGGAGCCCCCGGUGCUGAUGGUGCCGCCGCCCGUCAUGGAGGGCCCAGGGGACGCGGCUGGCGAGGGGCCGGCCCCGAUGGGGAGGAGGCCUGCGGGGCCCUCAGGAGGCGGUGGCCGCGGCCACGAGGUCCAGAGAGUGGCCGUGAGCUCGUCGGUCGCCUGGGAGCGCGUGGGGCCCGAGGAAGCCCAGGCUGUGGUCAGAGGUGAUGCCUCCCCGGCCCCUGGCGGCUCUGGGCCGGCUGCUGGGACCCCUCCCGGCCAGAUGGGAACCUGCCCCACAGACCUGACCCUGCAGCUGCUGGCCGUGCGGAGGAAGACGGGGCUUCCAGACCCCAGCCUGCAGCGGGCAAUGCGGGCCCGGCUCCGCCUGCUGGAAAAUGACAGCCGGGAAGUGGCCAGCGUGCUGGGGGAGUUAUCGGCCAGGCUGCUGUCUAUCCACAGUGACCAGGACCGGAUUGUGGUGUCGUUUAAGACUUUCGAAGAGAUCUGGAAGUUCUCCACUUACCACGCUCUUGGCUUCACUCACCACUGCCUGGAAAACCUGCUCGUGGACCAGGCCUUCUGGCUGCUUGCGCCCAGCGAAGACGAGGAGACGACCAUCCAAGUCCACGUGGACCAGGAAGCCUUGACACGGACACAGGAGAUUCUCCUCGCCCAGGAGGGCCCUUUCUUUGUCCUGUGUCCCGACCGCCACGUGAGAGUGACCACCAGCCCCCGGGGCGCAGGCCCGCAGCCCCUGGGGCGAGCCGCGGGGGUCCCCCAGGGAGACGCAGCCCCGGCAGCGGACUCUAAGGCGCCCAGCCCCGGCACGUGCUCCCAGGACACGGCAGCGGUGGCCGCUCCGGAACCUCUGAUUCCAUUUCAUCAGUGGGCCCUCAGGGUCGCCUGGGACCCCAUCGACGACUCCGUGAGCGGCCCUGUGACGUCAGACGUUCCUCUGAUGGCCGUGGGCCUGGCCUCAGCAGUGGCAGACUACCAGGGCUCCGGUCCUGAAGAGCUGAGCUUCCGAGGCGGUGACGUCAUCGAGGUCCUGGGCGCCCGGGUGCCCGGCCUGCCCUGGUGCCUGGGCCGGCACACGGCCUCGGGCCAGGUCGGGUUUGUGCGCACGAGUGACAUCAGUGUGCAGGGCCAAGUGUCUGAGCUGGAAAACGUGAUUUUUCUCGAUGAGGAAGAAAGGUCGUUCUUCAGCAACGAAGGGCGCUUCUCGGACGAGGACGCCAGGCAGUUGCUGAGGAGGAUGUCCGGCGCGGACACGCGCACCGUGUACAGCCUGGACAGAUUAGAAGAGACCGACUUUGAGCCGCCGGAAGAACAAGAAUCACCUCACCUGGACCCAGAGCCACGCGAGACCCUACAGAAGGUGAAGAACAUUCUGGAAGAAUUCAAGUCCCGCCAGGACUGCCCCGAGGAGCCGGAGUCCUGGGGUCUCUGCGCGGCCUCCGGCGGCGCGAGCCCACCGGACCCUGAGGAGCCCCCCUUCUGCUUGGACGCGGGGGCCGACCGGACCGACCCGGAGGCCCUGGGCUCGCUGCUGCUGUUCCUGGACGCGCCCGGCUACAAGGCCUGCUUCCGCGGCCUGUACGACCUCUCCCUGCCGGGGCUGAGCGCCCUGUGCGGCGGCCGCACCGACGAGGAGGAGCUGGCCGGGCUCCUGGCGCGGGCGCGGGGGGCGGCCAAGAAGGCCGGCCUCCCCAUGGCCCUCGCCAGAGUCUGCUUCCUCCUGGGGCGGCUGUGCGUGCGCCGGCUCAAGCUGUCCCAGGCCCGGGUGUACUUCGAGGAGGCGCUGGGCGCCCUCGGGGGCCGCUUCGGCGACCUCUUCCUGGUGGCGGCCGCGUACUGCAGCCUGGCCACCAUCCACCUGAAGCAGAGGAACAGAGACAGGUGCGCGCAGGUGACGCCCAAGGCCGCGGCCCUGCUGCUGGGGACGCCCGGCCACGGCUGCGGCACCGAGGCCGGGUCGGAGCUGCUGGCGCACGCCCUGCGGCGGGCCGUGGCCGGCCGGAGCCCGCAGGCCGAGGCCCGGGCCUGCUUCCUGCUGGCCAGGCACCACGCCCGCCUGCGGCGGCCGGAGGAGGCCCUGCCCUUCCUGGAGCGGCUACUGCUCCUGCACGAGGCCUGGGGCUCCCCGGAGGCCGCCUGGCCCGCCGACUGCUACCUGCUCCUGGCCGACACCUACAGCCGGCGGUGCCUGCCGCGCCUGGCGCUGGGCUGCGUCAGGGCGGCCUCGCUGCGGGCCCGGGCCUCGCUGCGCGGCUCGCUCCGGAGCGUGGACCUGGUCCUGCGCAACGCCCCCCGCCUGCCCCGCCCGCCCUCCCAGGCCGCGCCCCUCCUCCGGCGGGCGCUGGCCUCCCUGGGCCCGGGCGCGGGCCGGGCGCUGCGCGGGCCCCUGUGCGCCAGCCUGGCCCGGCUGCACAGCGGCCACGGCCAGCACGGCAGGGCCGUCGCCCUGAUGGCGCAGGCCGCGGAGGCGGCCGCCGGGGCCGGGAGCCGCCUGGCGCUGGACUACCUGCUGGCGCUCGCCUGGCUGCACGUGCUCGGCGGCCGGAGCCCGGCGGCCCUGGGCGUCCUCGAGUGCGUGCGGGACGGGGCGCUGGCCGGCGCGGAGCGGGAGGGCGUGAUGGCCAACAUGGCGGCCGUGGCGCUGACGAGGACGGGCAGGACCCGGCAGGCGGCCGAGGGCUACUACCGCGCCCUGCGGGUGGCGCGGGGCCGGGGCCGGCGGAGGAACCAGGCGGUGGCGCUGGCCAACCUGGGGGCCCUGUGCCUGCGGGCCGGCGCCGGCGGCCUGGCCCAGCACUACUGCCGGGAGGCCGUGAAGCUCUUCUCGCGGCUGCCCGGCGGGGAGGGCGGCCAGGACUUCACCUGCGUGCUCCUGCGGCUGGGCCGCCUGUGCGCCCGCAGGGCCCGCGCCCGGCAGGCCAAGUGCUACUACGAGUGGGCCUUUCUGGUCGCCGCGGAGAUGGACCACCUGGAAGGCCAGCUGCGUGCCGUCCAGAGGCUUUGUCACUUCUACAGCACGGUCAUGCCCAGUGAGGCCCAGUGCGUCGUCUACCACGAGUUCCAGCUGUCGCUGGCCCGCAGGGUGGCGGACAAGGUGCUGGAGGGGCAGCUCCUGGAGACCAUCGGCCGGCUCUACCUGUCCCUGGGCACCGAGCGGGCCUACAGGUCCGCGCUGGACUACACCAAGCGCAGUCUGGGCAUUUUCAUCGACCUGCAGAAGAAGGAGAAGGAGGCGCACGCGUGGCUGCAGGCGGGGAAGAUCUAUUACAUCCUCCGGCAGAACGAGCUGGUAGACGUGUACCUCCAGGUGGCCCAGAACGCAGCCCUGUACACGGGGGACCCCAACCUGGGGCUGGAGCUGUUUGAAGCGGCUGGGGACAUCUUCUUCAACGGGACCUGGGAGCGGGAGAAAGCCGUGUCCUUCUACCGGGAUCGGGCGCUGCCCUUGGCCUCCACCACAGGGAACCAGGAGGCCGAGCUGCGUCUGUGCAACAAGCUGGUGGCAUUGCUGGCCGAGCUGGACGCGCCCCGGGAGGGCCUGGAGUUCGCCCACAUGGCCCUGGCGCUCAGCAUCACCCUGGGGGACCGGCUGAACGAGAGAGUGGCCUACCACCGGCUGGCCGCCCUGCACCACCGGCUGGGCCACGGCGAGCUGGCGGAGCAUUUCUACCUCAAGGCCCUGUCGCUCUGCAGCUCGCCCCUGCAGUUCGCCGAGGAGACGCUGUACUACGUGAAAGUGUACCUGGUGCUCGGGGACAUCAUCUUCUACGACCUGAAGGACCCCUUCGACGCGGCGGGGUACUACCAGCUGGCCUUGGCAGCGGCCGUGGACCUCGGCAACAAGAAGGCCCAGAUGAAGAUCUACACGCGCCUGGCCACCAUCUACCACAACUUCCUCCUGGACCGCGAGAAGUCCCUCUUCUUCUACCAGAAGGCCAGGACCUUCGCCACCGAGCUCAACAUCCGCAGAGUCAACCUGGCCCCGGGCCGGUGCUGGGGGCGGGCGCCCUGGCUGGCCCCCGGCCCCUCGCCCUGAGGACGCCUGUCUGCCCGGCUGGCCCCCGGCCCCUCGCCCUGAGGACGCCUGUCCGCCCUGGCUGGCCCCCGGCCCCUCGCCCUGAGGUCCCCUGUCCGCCCUGGCUGGCCCCCGGCCCCUCGCCCUGAGGUCCCCUGUCCGCCCCGGCUGGCCCCCGGCCCCUUGCCCUGAGGACGCCUGUCCGCCCGGCUGGCCCCCGGCCCCUCGCCCUGAGGUCCCCUGUCCUCGCCUCUCCUAGUGUCUCUGGGAGGCUCAUUUUCUGGGAAACAGAGGCAGGACGGUAAGGGUCUGAUAGCAAUAAACGAUUUUGCGGCACCCUGCCAAAGCCCGCAAGGCCCCCUCCCCUGGCCUACCGCCUGGGGAGCGUCCAGGGACCAAGCCCUGUCCCCGGGGGCCCGCCCUGCUGCUGUGAGCUGGAAGGACUGAGUCGGACCGACCCGGGCCAGGUCCCCCUGCCGGCCCCGCGCGGUGUGGCCUCAGGCAAAUCACGCCCCUCGCACCCAUUUCCUGGCCCGUCAGAGCGGAAGGCGGUGGUGGGAUCCCCUGGGCAUCUUCCCCCUUCCCCGUGCCCUCACUGUGUGUCAGGCUCUGUGCUCUGCCUUUAACCCUCACGCCGACCUCACCGGGCCCGCACCGUUGGGUCUGUUAUCGUCUCCAUUUCCGGCCGAGGCACAGAGAGGGUAGGUGCCCUGCCCGCCGUCACACAGCAGGUAGGUGGGGCAGAGCCGUAACCACUGUACCACCAGCCCGCCUGCCUCGGGGGGAUGUGUCAGCAUCAGGACCCAGGGGCGCGUCCUGGAAGAAGGUGUUAGCACGUCAUUGCACCUCUGCCCCUUCCUGCGUCCCGAAGGCGAGCGAGGGGAACGCGGCCCACACGCUCCGUCACCUGAGAGUCCUCUGGCCCAGCCCGGCCGGUCCCACCUGCACCCGCCAGCCAGCCAGGCCGGGAGGGGGGUGGCCUCCAGCCCUGUGCGGAAUGUGCUGCUGUGUGUGCGUCUAGGGGCUCAUCUGGGCCCCCACGUGCCAGGAACCCUCCACUUACAGUCAGGGAAACUGAGGCUCAGAGAGGCCGUGGGCGUCCCAAGUGGUUCUCACCCGCACGGCACUGUUCCGAUCUCUUUUUCUUUAAUUUAUUUUGUUAAACAAGGUGACAUUCACGUAAGAUAAAAUGAACCAUUGAAAGUGA